ACUGCGCACACAGCUGUGGAUCGCGUCUCCACGUGCGUCGUUUCCCAGGCGGGCUAUGGCUCCUCGCGGGAGGAAGCGCAAGGCGGACGCGGCAGCAGACGGGGAAGCCGAGAAGCCGGAGAAGCUGGCUCAGGGCGGCGAUGCGGGAGUGGGAGAGGCCCGCGUGGUCAUUGAGCACUGCCGGAGCUGACGCGUGUACGCACGCCACGCGGAAGCGGUAAGUCAGGCGCUGCGCCUCGCCCGCCCGGAGUUGCCGGUGCUGCUGAACCCAGCCAAGCCCCGCCGGAGCAGUUUCGAGGUGACGCUGCAGCGCCCCGACGGCAGCCGGGUGGAGCUCUGGAGUGGCAUUAAGAAGGGGCCCCCACGAAAACUGAAGUUUCCCGAGCCGGGGCAGGUGGUGGAGGAGCUUAAGAACCGGUGGCCCUAAUGAGCCCUCCCAAGCGAGCAGGACAUCCCAUGACGAGCUGUCUGUCCCCAGUGAGUUUGGAGCAUCCAUGAUGGAACGUGACCAAAUCUCCAGUCUCGUCCCUGAAGCUAUCGUUCCUUCCUCUGGGUGCAUGGUGAGCCUGGUGAUGUCAAAUUGUUAAUAAAAGCUUUUGAUACAGUUCA